GAGACAACUCCCCACAAUCACUUUGUGCCGCUCCGCCUCAUAUGUCUCACUUUCUCCCUCCUUUUUUCCUCUCCCUCCUCCUCUCCCAUUCUCCAGAUUUUCAGGAGAGUCUCUCAUAGCAGCGUGUCCACCGUUCUCUCCCGCUUCUCACCUAAUUGGCUAAUUGAUGGAACGGACGAAUGAGACAAUCAUGCAGUAAAGGAGGAGCAUUCAUCAAUUGAGGUGCAAUAAGGAGAAUUCUCCCCAAAACCUCCGACGGUGGAGCUACAGUGGCGAAGAAAGGAGGCGGCGGGGAGGGAAGAUUCCGUUUCAGCUGACCAAGUCGCGACAGAUGUGCAACGACGUGUGGAUACGCGAACUGCUUCCUGUAGUGCCUGACAGUGAAUAAGCCUUAGUCGAAAGGUGGAUUAUUUUAUGAAGUGAGCACAGAGAAUUGACUGCCCCUGCUUGUCAAUUCAACCACGCGGAUUGUCUCAAGAUUCAUGAAUAUGUCGCUCCCAGACCGGAGGAGAAACAUAAGAGCGCUGGUGAUGGAGACUGGCAUACGAGUUCUGCUUUUUGGAGUUUUUGUAUUAACAGAGUUCCUGGAGCCCUUUGAGAGAGUAAUCCAACCAGAGGAGCUGUGGCUCUACAAAAACCCCUUGGUGGAGUCAGACCACAUCCCCAAGAGGGUCAUGUUCGCAAUUUCGUUUCUCACUCCUUUGGCUGUGAUAUUCGUGGUGAAGAUCAUUCGGCGGACAGAUAAGACAGAAAUCAAGGAAGCGUGUCUAGCUGUCUCACUGGCCUUAGCCUUGAAUGGAGUCUUCACAAACACUAUCAAGUUGAUCGUUGGCAGACCCAGGCCAGACUACUUCCAGCGCUGUUUCCCAGAUGGACAGGUGAACGUUAAGAUGCUGUGCACCGGAGAACCAUACCUGGUGUCAGAGGGACGCAAGAGUUUCCCGAGCAGCCACUCUUCUUUUGCAUUCUCUGGCUUGGGGUUCACCUCCUUCUACCUGGCUGGAAAGCUGCAUUGCUUCACGGACCAGGGCCGUGGGCGCAGCUGGCGUCUGUGUGCCAUGUUGCUGCCCCUCUACAGUGCUGUGAUGAUCGCCCUGUCCCGCACCUGUGACUACAAACACCACUGGCAAGAUGCCUUUGUUGGAGGGGUGAUCGGCCUGCUCUUUGCCUACAUCUGCUACCGGCAGCACUACCCCCCGUUCCUGCACACGGACUGCCAUCUGCCUUACGCCAGUCUGGCCAAAGCCCCCCACCUCGUCUCUACCCAUGGCAAUCCCCUGGUCCUGCCCACCGAGAACACCACCAGCAUACCUCUGAAGGGAAUGACAGUGGGGCCUGUAUGACUCCUGCCCACCCCUACACCCAGACCUGGCCCCUAGCCUCACACUCACCCAAGGAACACCCAACCCCCUCUCACUCACACAGACUGAGAUGUGGACAAGACUGUACCCCCUCUCCCACUCUCAAUCUUUCUCCCAGCCUCUCGCCUUCCUCCACCCUCGCUCUUUGUUUGUUUUACAUGCCUGAAUCAGGAGCAUUUAGAGAGGCUGUGUAUGUGUAGGAAUAUAGGACAACACUGCUGGAGCAAAAAGGCAAUAAAAAUAUGAAAAAAGGAAAAUAAGGGCCAGUUGCGCGAAAUCAACAUAAAACGGUUAUGACAUACAUAUGGAAAGUAUUCAGACCACUUAACUUUUUACAUAUUUUUUUACAUUACAGCCUUAAUCUAACAUGGAUUAGCAACCUACACACAAUAACCCAUAAUAACAAAGCAAAAAAAUCAACAAAAAUACCUUAUUUACAUAAGGAUUCAGACCCUUUGCUAUGAGACUCGUAAUAGAACUCAGGUGCAUCCUGCUACCAUUGAUCAUCCUUUAGAUAUUUCUACAACUUGAUUGGAGUCCACCUGUGGUAAAUUCAAUUGAUUGGACAUGAUUUGGAAAGUCACACACCUGUCCAUAGGUCGAAGGAAUUGUCCGUAGAACUCCAAAACAGGAUUGUUUUGAGGCACAGAUCUGGGCAAGUGUACCAAAACAUUUCUGCAGCAUGGAAUGUCCCCAAGAACACAGUGUCCUCCAUUAUUCUUAAAUGGAAGAAGUUUGGAACCACCAAGACUCUUCCUAGAGCUCGCCACCCGGCCAAACUGAGCAAUCGGGGGAGAAGGGCCUUGGUCAGGGAGGUGACCAAGAACCUGAUGGUCACUCUGACAGAGCUCCAGAGUUCCUCUGUGGAGAUGGGAGAACCUUCCAGAAGGACAACCAUCUCUGCAGCACUCCACCAAUUAGGCCUUUAUGUACAGUGGCCAGACGGAAGCCACUCCUCAGUAAAAGGCACAUGACAGCCCGCUUGGAGUUUGCCUAAUGGCACCUAAAGACUCUCAGACCAUGAGAAACAAGAUUUUCUGGUCUUAUGAAAUCAACAUGAAACUCUUUGGCUCAAUGCCAAGUGUCACGUCUGGACGAAACCUGGCACCAUCCCUACGGUGAAGCAUGGUGGUGGCAGCAUCAUGCUGUGGGGAUGUUUGUCAGCGGCAGGGACUGUGAGUCUAGUCAGGAUCGAGGCAAAAAUGAAUGGAGCAAAGUACAGAGAGAUCCUUGAUGAAAACCUGCUCCAGAACUCUCAGGACCUCAGACUGUGGCAACUGUUAACCUUCCAACAGGACAAUGACCCUAAGCACACAGCCAAGACAAUGCAGGAGUGUGUUCGGGACAAGCCUCUGAAUGUCCAUAAGUGGCCCAGCCAGAGCCCGGACUUGAACCCGAUCUAACAUCUCUGGAGAGACCUUAAAAUAGCUGUGCAGCAAUGCUCCCCAUUUAACCUGACAGCGCUUGAGAGUAUCUGCAGAGAAUAAUAGGAGAAACUCCCCAAAUACAGGUGUGCCAAUCUUGUAGCGUCAUACCCAAGAAGACUGAAGGCUGUAAUCGCUGCCAAAGGUGCUUCAACAAAGUACUGAGUAAAGUGUCUGAAUACUUAUGUAAAUGUAUAUUUCAGUUAUUUCUAUUUUAUACAUUUGCAAAAAAAAAAAAAAUGCUUUGUCAUUAUGGGGUAUUAUGUGUAGAUUGAUUAGGAUGAGCAUACCUUUUAGAAUAAGGCUGUUACGUAACAAAAUGUGGAAAAGGUAUAGGAUUCUGAAUACUUUACGAAUGCACUGUAAAUGAUACCAGUGGGUCGAUAAAAGGUUAUGGUACAACGAUUAUGCUCAUUAUAAGUUGUUGGUCUACAAUUUCUUCACUGUUCUCAUCAGUAGAAUGAAGUUAGCUGGUAUGGCAGCUGGUAUUAGUUUGAUGUGGAGUUGGAGGGAAAGCAGAGCAGAUGGUGAUAAUCCCAUUCAAUGUCACAGCAAUAGAGAGCAAUAGUAAUAGCUUCUUUUUGUAAUCACUAACGGAGGCCAUGGCUCGUUGGCCAAAACCUAUUGGGUAAGGAAUGGAGUUUGAGGGUUUUUGGAUUAAUGCAAAAAAUAAGGUAUGUGGUAAACACAGGUUUAGGAGAUUUUAUAUGUUUGUUGUACGAGAUAAUCUCAUCAGCUAACAUAAUGUUUUGUGAAUUUUGAAGCAUUUAUGUAAUCAAAAUAAGUAAAACUCUAAUGAUGUGUUGACAUGUAAAACAUUUUUAACUACACCUCAGGUCGCAUGCCUUUGACGUCUAGCUAACAGGCUUAGCUUACCUUAUCAGACGGACCCAAAGUCUCCUUUGUGCAACAUUGUUCGGGAACCAAUAAAACAAGCACUUUCCCGCGAAAUCGAUAUGGUUGCAGCCUGGUGCAAAAUAAUACACCAUCCUUGCUUUUUCGUUCGAGCUGAUAAGCAAAACGCUAACUAACUUUUGGGGGAAUGUAGCGUAUACUAGUUUGCGUGGUCGGUGCAGUGACAUGAAACACUUUGCGACUAAUGUUGUAGUUCCAUGUCUCCAACAGUUAGCGACUCGUUAGCAACUGACUUAUUUUGAGCAUAUAAAGGCUUCAGAAUUCAUAAAGGUCCUGUUAACUGACUGGCAUUAUCUCAUAGAACAAAACAUAUAUGAUCUCCUAAGCCUGUGUUAACCUCAGAUGUAUAUCCCAAAACCACAUUAAUUUCCCUCAUAGGAAUGCCAAAUGAACCAGAGGUAAAAAAUGCUAACUAAUUUCUAGUUUUUAGGACGACAAGCUGAAGAGCUAUAUGGAGGUCUCGUUACGGUAGAUGUCACAGCUCCCCAAUUUGAUUAAUGAGCUACAGUAUCUAAUGCAGUGGUCAAAAAAGUAACCAAUCGUCAUACUUGAGUAAAAGUAAACACACUUUAAUAGAAAAUGACAAGUAAAAGUGAAUGUCACCCAGUAAAAUUCCACUUGAGUAAACGUCAAAAUGUAUUUGAUUUUAAAUAUACUUAAGUAUCAAAAGAAAAUGUAAUUAAAAAAAAAUACUUAUGUACCAAAAGUAAAGUAUAAAUCAUUUAAAAUUCCUUAUAUUAAGCAAACCAGUUUUUUAUUUUUAUUUACAGAUAGCCAGGGGCACACUCCAACACUCAGACAAUUUAUAGACAAAGCAUGUGCUUUGAGUCCGACAGAUCAGAGGCAAUAGGGUUGACCAGGGACGUUCUCUUGAUAAGUGCGUGAAUUGGACCAUUUUCCUGUCCCUCUAAGGAUUCAAAAUGUAAAGAGUACUUUUGGGUGUCAGGGAAAAUGUAUGGAGUAAAAAGUACAUUAUUUCUUUAGGAAUUAAAAAUAAUAAAGUAAAGUACAGAUACCACAAAAAAUGACUUAAGUAGUACUUUAAAGUAUUUAUUACACCACUGAUCUAACCACUUUGGCAGUGAGGGAAUUCAGACUACAAAAUCUGAGAGCUAAAACAUUUCUAACUUUGAGAGCACACAUGACCAAAUGUAUGGUCACUAAUGUUGUCCAAACUGUAUUUUAUUAUUAUUAUUCUACUAGCCUCUGCCUUGGUCUUAGACCCACAGAGGUUGCUAUUGCAUUGUUGCCAUCUCUCCUGUUGCUGCUUCUCCAUGGCAACAUAAGGAAAAAUAUAGCAACAAUACAUACAUGGAGAGAAGCACCGUUCGAUGACAGAACAAUCUUCUACCCAGUCCUGUGUUUAUUUCUCUUUUCCCAAUUCCUCCCAUUCUUUCUAUCAGUUUCUCUCCAUCCAGUUUCUCUUUUCCCUCAAGUGUUUCUCAUGGCACCUUUCUCAUCCCUCCAUCACACUUCUCUCUACCGCUUCUAUUUAUUUUCCUCUCUCUCUUUUUCUCUCUCUCCCUUUUUCUCUUCUCCCUUCUCUUUCUCUUUCGAUCCCUCUUACUCUUUCCUUAUCUACCACCCUCUCUCUCCCUCCAUCUCCUCCCGCUCCCUCUCUCACACUCUCUCUCGCUAAGUAAUCUCUCCCUCUUGCCAUGACGUGGGCUGACUGGGUAUUUAACGUUUCCUGCACUGAGGUAGAUUUGAAUACGGAUUAAAGUUCAACGAGGGAAAUUGAUAGCGGGCAGGUGGAAUUGGUAUGGUAGAAGAGCGUUGAGCCAGGCACAAACUCCAAUCUGAUACUGCGUUAAUCCUCAUUAUGUUCGGUUAGGCAGCACUGCUUGUGAUGAAAGUAGGGUCAAAUUAAAACUAAGCAGCCCCAAAGACAGCCCAAGUAUUGCAAAUAGGUUUUAGUCGACAUUGGCCUCACAAAAUAAAUAGACAAUCUGCACAUUACUCUUUAAUGGGUUUUGAGUUAUGCCAAGCCCAAUUUGAGUGCCAAUUUACAGGGAAAUACUAAGGAUGGAUAUUUUCCAGCAACCGAGAGUGCUCUGUGAUGUAAGCAACUGGAAGUUAUUUAGUGAGAUAACAUAUUCCUCCUUGUUAGUCAUCAAACUGAUUUGCAUUUCCCCACUAAGAAGAUGUAGUUAAGACUAAGAUGAAUUGGCAUAUUUUAUAUACUGCUGAAGCAUACCAUACCAUUGUUGUGACAUUAUAUGGAUGGGCUGAGCUGAGCUUCUGCAUUUUACUUAAAACCUCUAAAUCGAUCCAACCCUUUUUUUCAAUGUUUGCCAAAAAUGACAUACCCAAAUCUAAGUGCCUUGUAGCUCAGGACCUGAAGCAAGGAUAUGCAUAUUCUUGAUCACAUUUAAAAGGAAACACUUUGAAGUUUGUGGAAAUGUGACAUUUUUGUAGGAGAAUAUAACACAUUAGAUCUGGUAAAAGAUAACACAAACAAAAAAACAUGUAUUUUCUUUUUUCUUUUUUUCAUCAUCUUUGAAAUGCAAGAGAAUGGCCAGACAUGCAGAAUGAAAUUUAGAUUUUGGCCACCAGAUGGCACCAGUUUGAGUGCAAAGUUUCAGACUGAUACAGUGAAAAAUUACAUUACGACACAAUAUUUUGUAUCAAGUCUGCCAGGAGUUUGCCCAAAUGUCCCGAAUUGGUCAAUUGAUACAUUUUCAAGUACAUAACUAUAACUAUAGAGAACAUACAAAAAAUGCUAUGCAUCACUACUCUGGACGGUUCGGACUUAUGUGGACAACUAUAAAUACCUAGGUGUCUGGCUAGACUGUAAAAUCUCAUUCCAGACUCAUAUUAAGCAUUACAAAUAGAAACAGUAGGGGUUCAAACUGUAGGACCCAGUUCCUAUGUUUGAAUAUAAAAAUAGAUUUUAUCAAACAAAACUAUGCUACAUUUUAUCUCUGGGGCCCUCAGGAUGACAAAUCAGAGCAGAAUGCUGAAUGUAAGAACAUUAUUUACCUUCAGAGGUGAAUGUAUCAAACCAGUUGCCGUGAUAAAAGUGUUUUGUUGUUGUGCACUCUCCUCAAACAAUAGCAUGGUCUUUUUUCACUUUAAUAGCUACUGUAAAUUGGACACUGCAGUUAGAUUAACAAGACUUGAAGCUUUCUGCCCAUAUAAGACAUGUCUAUGUCAAGGAAAGUUGGCUUUUGUAUACAACGUCAUUCUAGUCACAUUAGCACACAUUAUCAACAACCGUCCCGGUUUAGGGACACCAAUCCCGUGUUAACUUUUUACUGAAGUGGUCUAAAUCAGGGUCACAGAGUGUUUCUUGGUAGUCUUAAGCAAAUCUACUUUGAAACAAAAGUUUACACCUCGCACAUAUGUUUAUGGGAUUACAAAAAAGAAGACACCUGUACCAUGUCAGAUAUAGAGUUGAAAUGUAUUCAAUUUUGAGCUUGUAUCCCAAUAUUACACUUUGUAUACAUCACAGAAGACUGAAAUAUAACAAACUGUUUGAGAUAGAAAAACACAGGAUUUUCUGCUCAAAUAUUAAUAACAUUCCACCCAUGAGGCCACUUGGUAAUUUGACGGGUUGAAUGGGCUACCUGCUUGCUGCCCCAUCCAGCACUACUCACCAAAAUGCAGAAUGAGGGACCAAUGCUGCACCCUAGUCCACCCAAAAAGGAAAACAAAACACUAUGUCUCUUACUGCAGUCCCAUACCAGUCUAACUCUGUUCUGCAAUGAUUAGUCAGUAGUUUGUUCUUUGUUGUUCUGAAACUUCAUAAGAUAGAGCUGAGUUAUUUUACAUCUUGGCUUUGAGAGCAAGAUAAGAAUCACAGUCAUGAUCAACAAUCUGACACACUCGUUAUAAGUGUGUGUGUGUGUGUGUGUGUGUGUGUGUGUGUGUGUGUGUGUGUGUGUGUGUCAUAAUUCUGUGAUGUUGCCGGGAACGUUGCCAUGACAUAUCAGAAGACUAUUGGGAGUGUUUAAGUGAUGUAUGGACCUAUGGAUUGCCUAUUGGAGCUACAAAGUACUGGAACUUGAUCAUUUUCCAUUUUAUUGGUUAUUUUCCUAAUGUAAAAAAUAAUGUGUGGCAGAAAAGUAUUUAUGUGUCUUGAAAAUAUAUAUCAAGUGAGAAAAAAGUUGAUAAUUAAAAGUGAUUGUGGAUAAAUAUUAAAAAACAAAAUUGCUGUUCAUGAGAGUACAAUCAUGUUUUGCUUCAUUUUAUCAACAACAUUUUAGUUAUCAAUUUCUUCUAAUCUGCAUUUUGUAAAUUGAAAAGGCAACCAGACCGAUGUUGAAUAGCCAUCAUUAAAGUAAAGUAUCAUUAUUGACCAUGGCAUGACAAUACCAUUUAUGAAAAGACACUAUUGCAUAUGGAUAAGCAUGUCUGGCCUUGAGAGCAAUAUGUGUUUUGCUGUUUAUAUACUUUAGGUGCAACAAUGAACUGGAUCCUGAACUCUACAUAAACCCCAAACUUUGAGGAUGUUAAUAGAAACUACAUUUGGAGUGAUUUUAUGAUAUAUAUUAUUACAACAUUCUAUUAUACUAUAUUAUGUUAUAUAAUAUGCAACUGAACAAUUGUAUACUGCAUGUCCACAUUUUAAAUAGAAUAUGUCCUCAGUUCUAACCUGGCUGGAUAUGUUUUGUUAUUUUUCUCCAACAGGACUCAGUGUCAGAUGAAAAUGUAGAACUGAAGGAGACUUGUGUGUGUUACUCUCUGUUCUCAGUGAAGGUGUGUGUUGUGUUGUCCUACAUCAGUACAGCUGCACUCCUGUUUGUGGUGUUUCCAAUAAACAUCAGCAUAUGCUUAUUAA